AUGGCAUCAAAUGGGCAUGUUAGAACAUUCCACGUUAUCGGAGAUUUUCAUCCCAAUUCUUUAGUGAAAAGAGUGGUCCGUCAAAUUCCACGUUCGUUACCGUAUUAUGAGAACACGGGUGAUAAUCUCGUCGAAGAUGAAGCGGACCCUAUAGUUCGUGAAUUAAUGAAAAUAAGACCCCACAAGCCCCUGUUCACCAUUUUAUCACAAUUGGAUGAUGAGAGUGUCAUGGCAUAUUCGUCAAAACUACUGGAGUUGUUGUAUUUAUUAUUAGAAGAAAAACAAUUAGAUGAUAACAUAAGGAUGGAUCUUGAAAACUCAUUGACUUAUUUUAUCUCGUUUAUCCCUUGGGUUAAUCCGGAUGUUUCUGAAAAAUUGGACAUUGAUCGCAAUGUAACCUACAAAAACAGACAAAGCAUUUCUCGCCCGAAAAGCACCUCUGAGGAAGUUAAUCCAACUUACCCUAAUGGGCACUUGUCAAAGAUUUUGAUUGAUAAUUUUGAUACGUUGAUCAAAUUUUCAUCGACAUAUUUCAACUUGACUUUGAGUACACUGGUGACAAAAUACAUUGUGGAGUUGAUCUACCAAUUAUAUUAUUGGGAAGUGGUACAUUUGGCUCAUAUUAAUCCCAAAAUCAUUGAUUUUCUCGAAUUGAUUGGAUUUGAAAUAACUCAAACCACAUUUGGUCCCAUCAUCGGACCACCAGCAAACUACCUCAACGAAAACUUGUUGCAAGGAUUGCAAUACCCUUUUCCAUAUCCAUUCUACAAUUAUAGUUACCAUUCUUUUGAUUCCAAAGUUGAACAGAAAAAGCUUGACCGCGUUCAAAUAAAACCUUAUAUUGAUAUCACUUUGAAAAACGUGGAUGGUGUUUCUAGAAAGAAGAGGAAGGGAAGUAAAACUUCAACUAAGAAAUCUUUUAGUGAGGAAGCUACCAAGAUUGGUAGACGAUAUAGCGAGGGUAAGGAAAUUACCUCGCUUCUGCACCCAAAUAUUACUGGACACGAGUGGGCUCGUUCAAAUGCCGAUAAUUCAACAUUGUUUAAAUGGAAUCAAAAUGCAAGUAAUAAUGACCAAGAAGAAAACUAUUUGAGUCACGGGCGUACCGAUCAAGCGUCAAAUUGGAUGAAUCGACAAAAUUCCGGCGUCACGACGAUACCCUCUGCAUCCACAUCUUCAUCAACACAACCAGGCUCAGUUUACCCUCUGCAAUCACCAUACCUACGAAAUCAUCCACCACAUGGGUUUUCUCCUGUUCCAUAUCAGCACUAUUCAUUUCAGUCGCUUCCACAAAAGUCAAACCAACCUUCACAACAACCGCAAAAUCAGCAAUACUCAACUAGUCCUCUGCUUCCUCAUUUGAGCUCUCAAAGACCACUACAUACACAAUCGACUCCGAUAAUGCCCGCAAAAAGUAACCAAAUAUCCCCCACACUAAGUCAGCGAGAGAAACACCAUGAGUUUCCAAAUAUUACGCCAAUCUCAAAUUACGAAUCAUCUCAAAGCAACAUUUUGCCAUCAAUCUCAAAACUAACCGAUCACCUGGACCACUGUUUGUCCGAAGGACAGUCUCGUCAAGGACCUUCUUUACUGAGUACUGGAUUGGGGAUCACUGCUCCUAAAACCAGUAGUCAAUUUCUGUCACAACACCCACAACAUUCACCUCAACUCGGUGUAUCUCAACUAAAUAAACUGUACUCUAAUUCUGAGAUAGAUUAUAGAGGAAACCACAAAGACACACAAUACACGGAUAAACCGCCUUACCAAACAAUUCGAGUUGAUGAAGGCACACAACUGGGUGAUGUUCUGGUUGAUCAGGGAGAUCUGAAUUUUGCACUUCCAGACAAAAACAAACGAGGUCCUCGUCAUGGAGUUAUUCACCAAUGUCAUUUAACCGAUCCAGCUUCCAAUACCAAGUGUCUUAAGAUAUUUUAUGGGAAAAAUGAGUUAUUGAGACACCAAGAGUUUGUUCAUGCUACUAAAAAGAGAAUAUACAAAUGUUUAUAUUGUGAGCGGAGUGGAGCUAGAGUUCAAAGUUACCCACGCCAUGAUUCAUUAGCCAGACACAUUAGAAGAAAGCAUGGUAUAACAGGAAAGGAAAACAAAAUGGCAGUUAAUUAUGCUAAAGAGAAUGUUAUAAUUGUUGAUGAUGCUGAAGCGGCAAAUAUUGAAUACGCUCCAGAAGAGCCGUUCACUAAACUACAAUCUGGUGACCCUGUUGCUACACUGAAAUCACCAGAGAUUUAUGAUGAGGAAUCCUUUGAAUACGAAAGGUUUAAACAGGAGGUGGAACAAGACAAACGAGAAAGAAGAGGAAGCCCUUUUAGCCGUGAAAGUAUUGCACUACAUCCUGCAAGUCAAAUACCCAUAUCAUUACCUCCGCUGACAACCCACCCGCAAGUUUCACCAGAUUUCAAAACCCCACAUUUGCCAAUGCUCCCUCCCAACACAAGAGUUCAAAUUCAUUCUCAUGGUCUACAACAAAACCCUUUUGAAGGGUCCUCGGCUUAUCAUCGUGAAACUUCUUCGAGUGUGAAUCUGUCAUACCCCCACUCCGAAAACUAUUCUGAUAUUCCACGUUUGCAAAGUUUCAAUUCAAACGAUGCAAAGAAUCGUCUGUUUUCCAUAUAUAUGGGACCCAAUUCCGUUCCUUCAAGGUAUACGAAACUUGACUUGAACAAGAUUCGAAUAUCACCCACUUUACCUGAACCUACUUUAACCCCAGCAUCAUCAAAUCAACCUCAACCUCAACCUCAACCUCAAGCUGAAUCACAGCAAGAAAAUCAACCGGGCGGUAAUCAACCACAGCCAGCUUCGGCCAGGUCGAAUGACUCACGGAGAUUGAGCGUUAAACUUCCGCUGAUACACGACAUUGAUAAUGAGAUAGGACAUAUUUAUCGAGGAUGA